AAUCUACUUUAUUUCAGCCGCAUGCAAGAUAGCUCAGUGCUAGAUGGAAUCGGUUGGAAGUUCAGUGGAAAUGUCGUCACUUCCGAAGCAAAGAAACGAAAACCAUUCUUUCCACGACUUCAUAAUAUGGUGGACAUGAUUCCUAUGGUUCUAAGAGCCACAGCAUAUACAGCAAAUCAAUGGAUGCAACAAAAAGAAGUUUUUAUCAAUGUAUUCUCACAGAUGCGACAUGAUCCUUAUACUGGUGUUCCCAUAGGAGGUAUUGGAUGUGGCUCAAUUGGCACAGAUUUUCGUGGUGGAUUCAAUAAAUUUGCUUUAAGGCCUGGCGUUAAAGAGCAACGGGUUCGUAACAUUAAGGCUAAUCAGUUCAUUCUUACUGUACAUGACGCUACUAACACAAAAUUAUUAUACCAUUCCUUACUAACCACUGCCGACUUCAAGAACUCGACAUUAUCUGAUUGGAAGUCAACAAUCAAAGGCAGUAACACUAGGUAUCGCGGUUUAUUCCCUCGAGCAUGGCGGGAAAUCCGAAUACCCGAAAUAGGAAUGACAUUGAUUUGCGAGCAAGUCUCACCAGUAAUUCCACACAAUUAUGAGGAGACAUCAUUUCCUGUUUGUAAUUUCCAUUGGACGUUGAUAAACAACAGUAGCAACAAGUAUAAUGUGUCAAUGACAUUUACAUUCCGUAAUGGAACAGGUAGCCCAAGAUGGGAAAGGGAAGGGAAAUGCAUAGCUGAAAUUUUGCAAUCACCAUCUGCGAAAGGUCUUAAAUUGAUGCAUUCGAUGAAAUCGAUGCCGUUAACUUUUGCCAUUGCGACGGAAGAGAUUCCUGAUGCUAAGAUCACCUAUGCAACUUUUAAUCCUACUUCAACAAGUGGAGAAGAAAUAUGGGACAGUCUCAAAGCGACGGGAUCUCUGUCUACAGGUGUUUCUCCCUCACCAAGCGAGGAGUUAGGUAUAGCAGUGUCGUCUCGCUUCCUACUUGAGGCUUCAUCAUCUCAAAACUGUAGAUUUUGCUUGGCAUGGAUUAUGCCAGUUGUGCAAUUUGGAGCCAGAACGAGGUCUUAUAAAAGGUACUACACUCGCUAUAUUGGCGAUGACGAUGAAGCUAUAGAGAAAUUAGUCACUCGUGCCAUAGCGGAGGGUGAAAAAUGGCGCACGGAUGUUGAUAAAUGGCAAAGUGCGAUUACUAAUGAUGAGACACUGCCUGAAUGGUACAGAUCAGCCCUAUUGAAUGAGCUUUACUAUGUAGUUGAUGGCGGAAGUAUGUGGUUCGAAUAUGAUUCGACAUGGAAAGAUCCCGAUCACAUCAGUGAUUUGACGGAAAAACAAAUGCGAAGAUUUGGGCGAUUUGGUUAUAUGGAAUCAUGGGAGUAUCUUAUGGUGAAUACGUACGACGUCCACUUCUAUUCUAGUUGGGCUUUUGUCAAGAACUGGCCAGAUCUAGAAUUAUCCAUUCAACUAGACUUCUGUGAUCAAAUAGAUCGCACCAAUGCAGGAUUAGUCACGAGUCUCAAAGAGGGCAGAAAAAUGGAAACCAAGAUAGCUACCCGGAUUCCGCAUGACAUGGGAAAUCCGCAUGAAGAACCUUGGGCCAUGAUUAAUGCCUACAUCCUCCAUGACACAGCAGACUGGCGAGAUCUGAAUCUCAAGUUUGUUAUUUUAUGUUGGAGAGAUUACAAAGUGAUGAUAAAGAAAAGUCUGAGAGAAGAAGCUGCGCUAAAAAUUCUUCGCUACUUUUACAAAGAAAGCGAGGCUAUCGUUCGGAAUGCGAUGAUUCAAUGGGACCCCGAUGGUAAUGGGAUGAUUGAAAACUCGGGUACUGCUGACCAAACUUAUGAUGUGUGGACAAUGAGUGGAACGAGUGCAUAUUGUGGCUCACUCUGGUUAGGUGCACUGAGCGCCUUAAUAAACAUGGCUGAAGAACUUGAACAAGCUGGCUCCGCAAAAUAUUUCGAAGAUGUUCUUGAUAGGGCAAGAGUACUGUUUCUGAAGAAGUUAUGGAAUGGAAAAUAUUUCAACUUCGAUGAGUACUCAUCUCAUGGUAACGUAAUCAUGGCUGAUCAAUUAUGUGGGUUAUGGUAUCUCGGGCUUUUAAAGGAGGAUAAAGUGAUCUCUGAGGAGCAGAUCACAUCUGCAUUGAGAACUAUAUACGCUAACAAUGUGAAAAAGUUUGCUGAUGGCAAUAUGGGUCCAGUGAAUGGAAUGUAUGAUGAUGGCUCGGUGGACUUGUCAAGCAUACAAAGUGAAGAGGUUUGGACUGGAACUGCAUAUAGUUUAGCAUCUUUUAUGAUUAUAAAGGGAUUGAGAGCCGAAGGCUUUGAAACUGCUAGAGGAAUGUUCGAAACUUGCUGGAAUCGUUUAGGACUUCAGUAUCAAACCCCUGAGGCUAUCUACCAAGAAAAAUAUUACCGAGCAAUUGGAUACAUGCGUCCGCUUUCCGUCUGGGCUAUGCAACAUGCCAUCGAAGAAGGUGCCAGUACGAUCAACCGCUGUAUGCUGGAUACGUCAGUCCUAGAUGGAAUUGGAUGGAAGGUUCAUGGAGACUCCCUGCCAUCGGAGGCGCAUGAAAGAACAGGAUUCGUCCCAAGAUUUUGGACCGUGAUGGAGCUGGUGCCCUUGCUUUUCAGGGCUACCAUCUAUACAGUGAAGCAGUGGAUGCAGAACAAGGAAACAUUUAUGAACAUGUUCUCACAGCUGCAGCAUGACCCAUACACAGGUGUGCCUAUUGGGGGUAUUGGAUGUGGCUCAAUUGGAACUGAUUUUCGCGGAGGUUUCAACAAAUACUCUUUGAUUCCUGGAGUAAAAGAACAACGCCAGGGAAACAUAAAGGCGAAUCAGUUCAUACUGUCCGUACAUAACGCAUCUGACUCGGAACUAGUAUUUCAAUCAUUACUCACCACUGCAGAUUUCACAGAUACUAGACUAAGCGACUGGGAAUCCUGUAUACACGGCUAUAACACCAGGUAUCGAGGACUUUUUCCCCGCGCAUGGAGGGAGAUCCAGAUUCCAGAAAUUGGGCUGACACUAAUCUGCGAGCAAUUUUCACCAGUAAUACCUCACAACUACGAAGAGACAUCAUUUCCCGUCUGUAAUUUCUACUGGACUAUAAUCAACAACAGCGAAAUUGCUUACAAAAUAUCUCUAACAUUCACUUUCCGUAAUGGGACCGGUAAUGCAAAAUGGGAAAAAGACGGUGACUGCCGACCAAAAAUUUUGGAAUCGGGAUCCAUAAGGGGUAUGAAACUCAUCCAUAAAAUCAAAUCGAUGCGAGCAACAUUUGCCAUAGCUACAGAACAGUCAUCGGAAGCUACGGUGACUUACUCAACAUUUGAUCCUCGUUCGGUUACCGGAGAGCACAUAUGGAACUGCUUGAAAGAAUCUGGUUCGUUGUCUGGAGAGCUUUGGAAGAGCGAUGAGCUUGGAAUCGCUGUAUGUUCUCGUUUCCACCUCAACAGCGGAGCAUCUACCACCUGUACUUUUUGUCUAGCAUGGCUCAUGCCUCAAGUGACAUUUGGCUCAAGAUCUAGAUGUUAUAGAAGGUUUUACUCCCGAUACUUGGGUGACGGUGAAGAAGCCGUCGAAAAACUGGUAACAAAAGCGCUCAAAGACGGUGAAUCUUGGCGAGCAGAAAUUGAGAAGUGGCAGAACCCCAUAAUCAGUGACGAAUCACUCCCAGAGUGGUAUAAAUCUGCUAUAUUCAACGAGCUCUACUAUGUUGUUGAUGGUUCAGCUAUGUGGUUUGAGUAUGACCCAUCGUGGAAGAGGCGUGAAGGGAUCAGUCCAGUGACAGAAAAGCAACUUCAGCGAUUUGGACGAUUCGGCUACAUGGAAUCUUGGGAGUACCUCUUGGUUAACACAUACGACGUCCACUUUUACGCUAGCUGGUCUCUUACGAAAAACUGGCCAAAUCUAGAGUUGUCUAUCCAACUUGAUUUUUGUGAUACCUUCAAUCGCGUGGACAACGCAACGGUGGAAGCUCUUAUGGAUGGUAGCACGAUGCAGAGGAAGACAGCGCUUCGCAUUCCUCACGAUCUUGGAACGCCACAAGAGGAACCGUGGGCAGAGAUCAACCAAUACAUCGUACAUGACUCAGCAAAUUGGCGUGACCUCAAUAUGAAGUUUGUCAUUCUAUGCUGGAGAGAUUACAAGCUCAUUGUUGAAAAAUGCUACGAUCGAGAAAAUGCCAGGAAAGUUCUUGACUACUUCUACAAGCUGAGCGAAGUGAUCAUUCGCAACGCUCUAAAAGAAUGGGAUCCCAACCACGAUGGGAUGAUUGAAAAUUCAGGAACUCCUGAUCAGACUUACGACGCUUGGACCAUGAAAGGAACGAGUGCUUACUGUGGCUCGCUUUGGCUUGCUGCAGUAUACUCAACAAUAUGUAUGGCGGAUGAACUCGGGAAGAAAAGCACAAUGCAUAGACUUAAGUACCUCGAAGAAACCCUCGAAAAAGCAAAAGUAGCGUACGUGAUCAAGCUAUGGAAUGGCAGAUUCUUCAACUUUGAUGAAUCCCCAGCUAAUCAGGGCCUGAUAAUGGCUGAUCAAAUUGGUGGGAUAUGGUGUCUUACGAUGCUGCAAGAAAAUGAAGUCAUUCGUGAAGAAAAUAUUAUAUCAGCUUUGAAAUUUAUAUAUAAGCAUAAUGUGAAGAAAUUUGCUCGCGGAAGUCUGGGGCCUGUAAAUGGAAUUUAUGAAGACGGAACUGUGGACAUAAGAGGAAUACAAAGCGAAGAAGUUUGGACAGGAACAGCGUACGCAUUAGCAGCAUUUAUGAUUGCAAAGGGACUGCGAAGAGAAGGCUUUGACACAGCAAGAGGAGUUUUCGAAACCUGUUGGUAUCGACUGGGUCUGCAAUACCAGACACCUGAGGCUAUUUAUGAGAAGAAAUACUACCGCGCAAUUGGUUACAUGCGCCCACUGGCUAUAGGGGCAAUUCAGCAUGCUUUAGAAAUGCCGACUACUAAAAGGAAAACCUAAAAAAUUAUACUAGAUUAAUAAAAAUUUGUGAUCUUGUUAUCGGGAUGAUGUGAAAUCGCACCGGAGCAAGCAUGUUUAUGACGUAGGUGGAGAGUGUAGGGGGCUGCAUAUUCUCAGUCACUUCUCUGACUUUCUCAAUUGUAUUC